UCUCGAGAAACUCCCUCUCGCCCCAAAAUAACGCCCUUUUUUGUUCCGCAAGAGUCCUCAUUCUCCGCAGAUCACCUGGACCAAUCAUAUUGUAUUUUACCUUAAAACACUUUCGUUUUAUUCGAUUAAACUCCACUUCCUAUACGUGAAACGAAACUUUUAAACGGCAUCGACAGGUUUACAAAAAACAGGUUUAAACAAUAGCCUAGAUUAUCAUCUGAGUUCGUGUUUUUGGGGUUAUCCACAAAAUGAGUGAGAACAACCUUGAAGGAGAGCAGCGGGAGCGAUCCAAAGAGGCCCAGUUUGUGGAUAAGAACGAAGCAGCGCUUAUUGAAAGGGUUACUUCAGUGAUGCCAAUAGCAGAUGAGUUAAAAAGUAAGGACAUGUUACAUGGAGAAAAAUAUGAUGAGAUCAGAGCAGAAGUAACCAACCAGCGGAAAAUGAGAAAGCUGUUUGAAUCAUUGAAAUCUGGCGACACGGUCAAAAUUGCCUUUUAUGAAUUGCUGGAAAAGCACGAACUACCCCUCUUCAAAGAACUGGGGGGUGUCUGCAGGAAACGCAAGCUUGCUGAUCCUGAAUCCCCAGUACCAUGUAAAAGAGUUAAUACUGGGAGUAAUGAACAAGACAACCUUAAUUUCAACAAUGCUAGUACCUCAGCACAAAGACCAGCACCAGCAUACACCACUGUGUACAACAUAGUUAAUGAGAGACCACCUUCUUAUAACAUGGAAAAUAUCCGAUACUCCAUUGUACCCAAAACUGAAUGGAAGCCCAUCAAGCCCCCUGCACCCAACAAAGAGAAGAAUUCCCCAGCUCCCAAGAAAGAGAAGAAGCCCCUUAUACCCAAAGUAAAGAAUCCCCCUGCACUCAAGAAAGAGAAGAAGCCCCCUGUACCCAAAGUGAAGAAGCCUCCGACACCCAAGAAAAAGAAGAAGCCCCCUGCACCCAAAAUAAAAAAGCCCCCUGUACCCAAAGUGAAGAAGCCUCCUGCACCCAAGAAAAAUAAGCCCCCUGUACCCAAAAUAAAGAAGCCCCCAGUGCCCAAAGUGAAGAAGCCCCCGGCACCCAAGAAAGUGAAGAAGCCAGCAGGACGCAAAUGAGGGUAUACAAAAAAAAGCAGAGAAAAAAAAAUUAUGUUUUCUGAUUCAUUAAAACAUUUUACAAAAACUUCAGCAUAUGUUUUAAAAGCUCAGAUACUACAUAAUUACGAAUGCAUAGAAUUCUAUGUUGUUAUGCUUGAAAUUAUCAUGCUGAUCUUACUGAACUUUAACUUUAUUUUUACUAAAUGUCUUCUGUCUAUGUUACUCAAAGUAAACUUCUUUAAAUUAAAAAUGUGUUUUCAAUGUUUCAAGUUUUUGUUGAGUCAGGGUAAGUGACAUGGCUGAACAAAGUGAAUAAAUACAAUGCAGAAAGGUCCCUUUAUGCACUCCAUAUAGCUAAUAUGAGACUGACAAUAAUAUUCCUAAGAGUCUGC